AUGAAAUCUUCCACGGUAAUCAUACUGGACAAUGGUGCAUCGACAAUAAAGGCAGGUGUUGUCGGUGUACACAACACCGAUCCAAGGGUCAUCACAAACGCUAUAGUGCGCUCGAAGGGGGAUAAGGGUACCUACAUUGGCCAUGAACUGGAUAAAUGUCGCGAUUUUUCUUCGCUACAUUAUCGCCUGCCUUUCGAGAAGGGAUACCUCACGGACUGGGAUGCCGAAAAGGCGAUAUGGGAUGGACUCUUCUCCCAUGAGGUUCUCGCCGUCAAUACGGCGGAGUCGUCGCUCCUGAUCACCGAGCCUUAUUUUAACCUCCCCAAUAUACAAGACGUGUAUGACCAGUUCGUCUUCGAAGAGUACGACUUCCAAUCAUAUUACCGCUGUGCACCUGCCAUUCAGACAUGGCUUCUAGCCGCGUCUCUUAUUCCGUAUGGCAAACUAUAUGCGCGACCGGGACUACCUGCUCCGGACUGCAUGCUCGUGGUAGAUAGUGGCUUCAGUUUCACUCACGUUGUCCCCAUUCUCAAUGGGGAAAUCGUAUGGAACGCAGUCAAGCGCAUCGAUGUCGGGGGCAAGUUGCUCACGAACCAGCUGAAAGAGCUGGCGUCAUUUCGCCAGUGGAACAUGAUGGACGAGACACACAUUGUGAACAACAUCAAAGAGAAGUGCUGUUACGUGUCCACUGACUUCACGCAAGACAUGGAGACUUCCCACCUGAAUCCAAGAAGCAAUUCCAUCGUACAGGAGUAUAUCCUCCCGGAUUUCUCACUGAACCGACCUGGGAGGAUCCGUCGACGGGAUGAACCGCUUGAAGGGCAAGCACAGGUGAUGUACAUGAACAACGAGAGGUUCACGGUACCGGAGAUCAUGUUCCGGCCAGAUGACAUCGGUCUGGAGCAGUCUGGCAUCGCCUCCACGGUGGCACAAAGUGUCGCCCUUCUGCCCGAGGACCUGCAGGGAAUGUUUUGGGCCCACAUUGGUCUUAUUGGUGGGAAUGCCAAGUUUCCAGGGUUCCGCGAACGACUCGAGUCUGAACUGCGCGCACUAGCGCCUGUCGAUUGUGAACCCGCCAUCUACAGCUCCAAGGACCCAAUACUGGAAUCGUAUCGGUCUGGAGUGGCCUUUGCGAAGAAACAUGCGUUCACACAGCAAGCGGUGACUAGAGCGGAGUACCUAGAGAUAGGCAGCAAUGCUUCGAGAAGGAAAUUCAGAGACUGGAAGCCGGCCUCUGUGGACGCGAGCAAGGAGCCUGAGCAAGCGAGCAGAAAGGGCCCUACGAGACCUCAGCGAGGCACAAGAGAUAACAGCCCACCGCCUGCGAGAAAAACUUCAAAGGACAAAGGCAAGGGUCGCGCCACCACCCGGCGAUAG